UGACAAUUGCAAGACUUUGACGCCGACUUAUCCACCUAUAUCUAUAACGACUAACUAAGAUUAACAUCAUGGAAACCGCGGGCGUAGUGCUAGGUGCAGUUCCUCUCAUACUCUUCGCCUUAGAAAACUACGGGAAGGUAUGGGAUCCUCUGAAACAGGCCUGGCGUUGGGAGGAAACCGUCCUGACAAUGAAGAAUGAUAUAUUCCUCCAAAAACAGCAGUUGGAUACGACGCUUGAGGCACUGGGUCUCGUACAUCCAACAAUGUCUGAGGUGGAAUUAGCACUGCAAAUGUUUCAUCCUCUUCAGUGUGAGCAAUUCAUGCACACCAUUUCUGAGAUGGAUGAUCUGAUCAAUACAAUCUCAAACAAUUUGUAUCCUGAUGCAGAUGGUCCGCCUAGUUGGGCCUAUGCGAGAUCUGAUCGGGUACAAUGGGAAUGGAGAAGAGUAAAACGAGGUUUUGGGUCCAGGAAAAGGAAAGAAAUUAUUAAACAAUUGCAAUCUAGCAACAUUGCACUAAGGAAAUGCGGUCUUGAGAAACGAGAGAUCCCUACGGACUCCCACAACCGAAUCGUAACCUCAAUACGCGGACGUUUCGACGACAAAAGGACGAAGGCCAUUCGAGCUAACGCUGUCACUCUUCAUGAAGCCAUUAGCCUUGGCCUAGGAUGUAAUUGUCCAGACGCCCAUAGAGGCAACCUUCAGCUUAACUGGCAUGAGAACAAACCGCUUGCCACAGGUGCUUUUCACUGCCUUCUGGCGACCAAUAUACAGACCCCAGCCAACAAUGUCUCCUGGAAAUCUUUGUCCAUGUUUAUCGAAGAAGGCAAGAACCAUUCAUCCGUUACCUCUCGUGCGCCAACGCCCAUUACAAAUCCGACACUAUCACCACUUGUCGACCCGUCGAUAACUCACCCCUCACUGCGGCAAUCUGAUGCUAAAACUGUCCGUAUUUUUGGUUUCAAUAUCACUAGAGAACCAUCUCGUCGGCAGAAGUCUCCAUGUCAGUCCACCAUAAUCCCAUCAGCUUCCAGCACAACAAUUAUCAACCCGCUGCUGAGCCCGAGAAGCCCACCAUCUGUGCGGCCUUUGCAGCUAUGCAGUGCCCUUCAAACUACGCAGAUAACCAAUACAUCACUUGGGUACCUUCCCAUUCCAAACUCUAAUCCUGCCAAACAGCUGCACGUCGUGUUGGAAGACAUCCCCGGCAGCACGGCUGCCACUACAAAACGAACAAUACACCUACGCUCCCUCCUCCACCGGACUUUGGAUAUCGCAACGAACCGAAGACUCGGCCUCUCCAGAAAACAGCGCUUCGGUGUCGCUGCCGCGUUAACAUGGGCAGUGCUCCAUCUCCGCGACUCCCCCUGGCUGACCGGCACCCUCGACGACGAAGCAAUCCAUAUGUUCUUCGAGAGUCAACAGACCAGCACAACACCCACAACGACGACAACGAGUAUCAACAUUCUAGACCAUCCAUACUUCUCCUACGAUUUCCAUACCUCAAACCCACCCACGCCGCGACCCAGCACCCCAGCCGCCUCCUUCCAAAGCACCCAGAUCCCCAAUCUCUUCCUCUUCACCCUUGGCAUCCGCCUCAUAGAACUAGGACGCAACAUCCCCUUCUCCCGCCUCCGCCAGGACUACCAAUCAUCGCCCUCCGCCGCAUUCUCCCGGACCUCGACCUCUUCCACGCAGGCCCCCACGCUCAUCGACGACUUCGAAGUCGCGAAGGCACAGUACGACGAGCUUUGUCUGGACCCGGGGCCCAGCUAUGCAAAUGCCGUGGAUAGGUGUCUGAGUGCCUUGUUUCCGGGCGGUGGGGGAGGGGCCAGCAUGAUGAGGCAUUCGUUUGAGAAUCCGGGGUUCAGGAGGUCGUUUUAUGAGGACGUUGUUGCUCCGGUGCAGGCGACAUUCCAGAUGGUGCCUGGGGAGUAUCGGGACUUGGUUAUUUGAGUGUGUUGAGGGAAGAGUAUGUAUGAGAAUAUGUAUUCAGGGGUUGGUCAAGGAGUGGAACGGUUGAGAUCAUAUUACAUCUAUGCAGGGCCGUGUCGAAGACAUCUAUCCGCCGGACUCAAAAGAAUCUCGAUUCUGGAGCAUGAAGAUAGGUAGCAUGGUGGGACAAGGUCACCGGUACAUAUCAAGAGAUCAACGAAGAUGAAUCAGAGAACCUCUGAGUAUUCGAAGCAUCUGAGACCAUUCGCCCACCCUUUUUUUUUCAUAUUCAAUCCUCGCGGCAGAGUCAUCAAAAAGAUGUUGUACACAUACGACUUAUUUCGACGAUAAGCUGCAGAACUACUAUCCUCAAAGGGGUUGUCUACAGGCUUUAUUGUCGAAGGCACUACUGUUCCUUGUAAAGUGUUUUGUAGUCAGAUGAGUAUAUUGAAACCUGCGAGAAGGAAC